GUUGGUCCGCGGCCAGUACGCGUUGAGUUGACCGCCGCGCCUAACGACCUUGUGUUACAAGGAAAAUUAGCUAAGAAAUACAAAAAACCGGCUUCCUAGAACUAUUUGUGUUUCGUUUUUGUUUAAUAUUAUGUUAUAAUAGUGCAACGUUUUGAUUUUUCGAAGAAUAUUAUAUUGGACAUAAAGAUGUUCAAAGUUCUACCCAUCCUCCUGCUGGUAGUGGGAGCCUAUUGCCAAGGCAAUGGGGACUUGGACUCCGUGCUUAACCAGAUAUUUGGACCUCCACCCAGCAAUAACAACCAGACUCCCAAACCACAAGCUUCUACCAUCGUGCCACCCAUCCAGAACCAUAGUGGAGGAGCCGAGGAUGAGGACCUGUCCUGCAAGCUGCCUGACGGACAGGAGGGAGAGUGCGUCAGCUACUAUCUCUGUAACGUAAACAAUAACACCGUCAUCACGGACGGAGUUGGCGUCAUUGAUAUUCGUGUGCGCGAUGGUCCUUGUGCGUCGUACAUUGACACCUGCUGCCUGGUCCCCGACAAGAGGCCCCCAGACCAGCCUGUGAAACCUGACCCCAAACCUGACCAGCCCAAGCGUGAAGGAUGCGGUUGGGCGAACCCUGACGGAGCUGAUCUCCGUACGACUGGUGAGGCCAACGGCGAAACCAAAUUCGGAGAGUUCCCGUGGAUGGUGGCUAUCCUCAAAAUUGAGCCAGUGAACGAGAAUGAGCCAGAAGGUCAAAAACUCAACGUGUACGUCGGCGGUGGAUCACUGAUCCAUCCCAGCGUAGUGCUCACAGCUGCACACUACGUCGCCAGCGCUAAGGCAUUGAGGAUCAGAGCGGGAGAGUGGGACACACAGAGCACGAAGGAGAUCUAUCCGUUCCAAGACAGAGAUGUCGCCUCUGUUGUGACACAUAAAGAUUUUAAUAAAGGGAACCUCUUCUAUGACAUCGCAGUACUGUUCUUGGCUCAGCCAGUGGACCUGGCUCCUAAUGUAGGUGUAGCAUGCCUGCCGCCUCCCAAACAACGCCAGGAUGAUGGCACCCGGUGUUUCGCCACUGGAUGGGGUAAAGAUAAAUUCGGCAAGGAAGGGCGGUACCAAGUUAUUUUGAAAAAGAUCGAGCUGCCGGUAGUGAAACACGACAGAUGUCAGACAGCUCUUAGAAAGACGCGUCUAGGAAGAUUCUUCCAGCUUCACUCCUCAUUCAUGUGCGCUGGUGGGGAACCAGGGAAGGAUACCUGCAAGGGAGACGGCGGUUCUCCUCUGUCCUGUCCUAUUGAGUACGAAAAAGACCGCUACGUUCAAAGCGGUAUUGUAGCCUGGGGUAUCGGAUGCGGUGAAGAUGGAACUCCUGGAGUCUACGUAGACGUUUCAGUCCUGAGAGAUUGGAUCGACGACAAAGUGGUCGGCAAAGGAUAUGACCCCAAAACAUACACUUAUUAAACAUUCUCGACGUUUUAGACACUCAAAAUGGCGGAUAUUUGACAGUUAAAGAGUAAAACAUUUGAACUUGCUCUCGUCUUUUAUCACCAUUUUUUAAUCUUUUUAUAACCUAAAAUACUGAGUUAAUAGAUUUCUUUUCGUUCUAUCUCAAUUAAAGACGGCAUUUUACAUAAAACCCUCUAUUCAUAUAUUAAUUUCAAACUGUCAAUAAUCCGCCAUUUUGUUUGUAACUGUCAACUAAUGCAAUGUUACA